GUUAUUCUGCUGCGAUCCCAUUUUGUGCUUGACUAAACCCUUUUAGGGACAGAAACGGGACUCGGGCUGCACGGUGUUUGGUUUCAAUGGACUCUGGACUGUGUAGGACUCAUCUCCACAUCUUAUACACUGGGUUUAAGGCCGAUAAGGUGGAUCUUCUGCUUCGAGUCAACGCCUCUUUAUCACGAGUGUAGCGAGCGGGGAGAAAGGAGGGGUUCCUGAGCCUGGCAUCUCCUGACAAGCUUACAAUCCACUCCCGCUUCUCGCCGCUUUUCUCUGAUGCUCUUGCUGAGCUGAGCGUCCAUCUCGAGUCGCGGGACAUGAACGGCUACGGCUCGCCGUACCUGUACGUGGGCGGCCCGGUGGCGCAGGCGCGCGCGCCGCUCCAGCGGACGCCCAAGUGCGCGCGCUGCCGCAACCACGGCGUGCUGUCCUGGCUCAAGGGCCACAAACGCUACUGCCGCUUCAAGGACUGCACGUGUGACAAGUGCAUCCUGAUCAUUGAGCGCCAGCGCGUCAUGGCGGCGCAGGUCGCGCUCCGGAGGCAGCAGGCCAACGAAAGUUUGGAGAGUUUAAUCGCAGAGCCGCCGCCGCCACCAGCACACAGAGCCAUGAGCUCCGGGGAGUUACGCUGGAACACCGAGUCCAUCAUAACCAGCCAGUCACCAACAGACUUAAACGAGGACCUCUCGGGUGAGCAAUCCGGAGGAGAGAACAGCGGCAGCACCAGCGACCGAGAGCAAGAUGCUGCCAGCUCACCUGAAGAGCCAAAACCCAACUCCUGCUUUACUCCUGACACCCCAGAUCCACCUUCUAAUUCUGAGGACCGUUACAUCUCACCCAAACCUUGCACUGACCCUGAUCCAAAGCCUGACAGCCCCAAAUCUCCCACCGAGCAGAACCUGUUAAUUGAAGGCCUCACAGGCUCUGUGUCCCUGCCCUUCAACCUGCGAGCCAACCGUCCUCCUUUGGAGGUACUGAAGAAGAUCUUUCCUUCACACAAGCCAGCUGUGCUGGAGCUGAUCCUGAGGGGUUGUGGAGGUGACCUUGUGGGUGCCAUUGAGAUACUUCUCUCUAGUCGCUCUACUUCAAAAAUGGACAAGCCCACAUCCGAAAACUCUGAGGCUUUAAUCUUGCCCUCCAAUAGCCACCUUUUUGAGCCUCUAAGCUCUUACCCAGUUUCUUCCUCUAAGUGGUCAGUUGGUUCAGCCUUUCGUGUGCCAGAUUCACUUCGCUUUACUCCGGAGUCACCUGGUGGGGUGAUGCCGACUCCCUUGGGUGUCCCGCUGCAGCCUAGCUUUCCGCAGGCACACCGUUAUCCACUGAUGCUGCGUAACUCACUGAGCCGCGGUCAAGCUGGCCCUUUUAUGUCAAAUGACAUGACUUUGUGGAAUACCAUGAGCUUGCAACAGCAAUACCAAUUCCGCUCACAGUAUGUCUCGCCCUUCUCUGGGCCGUCGUUCCGUGGAUCACCUCUCCUGCCCUCCAGGUCAACACAAGAGGAGCAGCGCAUGACCAUUCAGGAGGAUGCAGCCAAACACACUGUAUAUGCCGCCACCGAUGAGGAGUACGAUGAGAGAUCUGACUCCUCAGACUCGAGAAUCCUCAGUACAUCUACUUAACCUACAAAAGUGGCAGAUAUACCAAAAAUGUGUUAUGUAUAAACGAAGAAAAAAUGGAGCUUUAUGAAACAUACAGUAUAAUGAGAUAUUGUGUUGCUCUCCCUAUGAAAAAUAUCUACCAAAAAUCCUGAAUGAUUAAGUGACUGAGCAUUAGUUGUGAAUAAAAAUCAUAAAUUCCUCCUUGCAUGAAAUGUAUUGUGAAUAGUAAUGCAAUGUAGAAAUAGGAAAACAAUAUAAGCAUGUAAAUGGAUACGCCAUAUACCCAGUCUGAGUUCUUAUUGUCAUUUAUUCACUUGAAUUAAAUAUAGACAGGAUGUGUAUGUUAAUAGGAAAUUCACAUUAACUGGAAAAUGGAUGUUAUUUAAUAUUGAACUUACAAAAAAAACAAAAAACAAAAAAUCAUAAAUGAAAUCAUUUCAGCAGAUUUAUGUUCCUGGAAAUACUUGUUCAUUGUAAAAUAUUAUGCAGUCUAUACAAGGUUUCUUAUUUCUUUUAUAUAUUGAAUCCAUAAGGAACUCAUUUUCAAUUCAUUAAACUUGUAAACUAAGACAUGUCUUUAAGCAUUAAUAUGACAUUCCUCUGCAGAACAGUUUGAAUUGGCAAUUAUGUGAACUCUGGACUGUACAAAGUAAUAUAUCUAAAAUAAUAAAAUCGGCGUGUGAGCAUAUUUUACGUUUGUGUGAGUAUUAUUCAGACUGUAUUGCCAGACCUUGACCUUUACUCACAAUGUAACAUUAUUAAAGGCCUUUUCGCUUAAUAUCUGGAUAAUAGGAAUGCAAUGCAUGCUUUUUACAGAGCACAAUGGAGCGAAAGAGAAAAAAAAAUAACUCAUGAAUUAACCAUAUUGGGGUUCUUCGUUUUGUUCCAGACGAGAAGAAAAAAUGUGUUACAAUCUUUAUGAGAAUGGUGAAAUGAUUAUUGUGUGCGCUGUAUUCGGUGUAGAGGGAUCUGAGCCUAUGGAUGUUCAACAAACAA